AUGGAAAGGGACUAGGUGCGGAAUCACGGUUAUUGUAUUACAGGAAGAUGAGUUCUCAGCAGUUUCCGAGGGCAACGCUUCCUCCUACGGGAGUUGGACAAGGUCAGGCAAGCAGCAUUACUGCUAAUUUGAUGUCUGGGAACCAGCCCGGGAGCCUACCAGUUGGUGAAGAGAGUAGCCGAGAGGCUGACCAUCCUCAGGACCCCCCCUCGGGCAGUAGUGGUGGGGGGACCCUGCCAUUUCGUGAAGAUAAACAGGAGACAGUGGUGGUUCGACCGUACCCACAGGUCCAGACCAUUGGCCAAUCUCCUGCUUUACCUCAGCACAUACCAAUCCAGCCCAGCCCCCCUGUUACAGUGGCUGCCUCGUCUGUCCACCUGCCACAAGGUCAACCAGCCACCUUCAGUGAAAGCUCUGUCAAGGCUGCACUGAAAACACCCAUGCCCAGUCGCCUCAUUGCUCCGGCGCCUGCAGUGAGUCAGGGGCAUAUCCCUGUGUCACCCAAGGUGCCCGGGCACAUCACAGUUACUCUUGAGAGCAGUAUGGCACCAGCCUCCAUUCCAGUGGCCACCAUCAGCGGUCAGCAGGGACAUUCAAGUAAUCUUCACCACCUAAUGGCGACCAAUGUCCAGAUCAUCAGAGGCAGUGCUCCUGCUCUGCAGCUCAGCUCCCCUGCUCCUCCCCCACAUACGUUCCCUACGCACUUACCCAGAGGAGCGGCUGCGGCAGCAGUUAUGUCCAGCACUAAGGGACCUGCAGUUCUCAGACCAGCAUCAGGAGCAAGUGCAGGCCCAGGUCAACCAGCUACUGUACAGCACAUCAUACACCAACCUAUACAGUCUCGUCCUGCGGUCACAACCUCCACGGCAGUUUUGCCCACUGUGGUGGCCCCAAUUUCAGCUGCUCGUACCCAGUCCCCUGUCAUCAGUCCCCCAGUCACACACGCUACAGACAUGGUGCAUGGACGCCCUGGGCUGACCAUCCACCCCCCGCCAGCUACCAUCAGUAUUCAGAGACCUCCCACACCACGGGAUGCAGCAACACGCAUCACCCUGCCCUCUCAUCCUGCUAUUGGUGCUCAGAAAGCCCCGCCCCCACACACCAUGACACAGAAGCCCAUUUUUAGCACUGUGACUCCUGUUGCUGCGGCAACAGUGGCUCCCAUCCUUGCCACCAACACUGUUCCAUCAACCACCACUACAGGCUCGGUGGCUCACACUCAGAUGACUAGCAGCACCAUCGUCACCAUGACGAUGGCCUCUCACUCUUCUCACGCCACAGCUGUGACAACUUCAACCAUUCCAGUCGCUAAAGUGGUCCCUCAGCCAAUAGCCCAUACCUCCCCUCGCAUUCAACCCGAAUAUCCGGGUGAGAGGACCAACCUGAUCCCCAUCUCUGCCCACCGCUCUUCCCCUAACCCCGCCACCAUGGAGACCCGCAGCGACAACAGGCCACCUGUACCAGUGCAGUUCCAGUACUUUCUGCCCACCUACCCCUCGGCUCCUUACCCACUUACACACACCUACACGCCAAUCACCAGCUCUGUCUCCACCAUCCGUCAGUACCCAGUGACGGCUCAGGCUCCUAGCUCGGCUCUGCCUGCGCAAGCGGGCGUUGGUGUAGCAACCACAGUGCACCUUAACCCCAUGCAGCUGAUGGCAGUAGAUCGCAUUGGGCUGCAGUCGACUCAGAACAUCCAACCAGCUUCCAUGACUGCCCAGGGCAUUCAGCCAGCACCAAUCGGAGUGCAGGGCUUGCACGCUGCUGCACCAAUCGGCACGCAGGGCAUUCAGCAAGCACCAGUUGCAACCCAGCAACCGCAGUCUGAAGCUAAACCUUCAGGGGUGGUCCUUGCUGACAGCUCUACAUUUGUGACCAAUCCCAUUGGAAGCACGUUCAGCUCCACCCAACCUGUUACCACAGUAGUCCAGACACACCCCCAGGGAGCAGGCACAGGUGCUCCCACCCUGGUUUCCUCCCCUCGACCCAGCAUCCUCCGCAAGAAACCUGUCAAUGAAGGGGCUGUUCGUAAAAGCCUGAUUCCAGCGCAGACGAACGAGCCAAACUCUGGCCGAGCGGAUAGUGCUGUAAGGGUGUCGGGAUCCCCACGACCAGCGGGGGUGAAGCCUAAGUCGGACGUCCACGUAGCCGUGGCACCCCCGGUCAUGGCGGCGGUGGAAGCGUUAUCUACUCAUGGCACAGAACAACAGCCACAACCUACACCUGCCCAGCACCUAUCACAAGCCAUUCCUACUCUUCUGGCUCCGCCUGCUCCUCCACCCCCUUCCCAACCUACCGCUGUCCUAUCAGCCCUCCCAGCAGCCAUGGCUGUGACUCCGCCCGUCCCUGCCUCCAUGGCCAAUACCGUUGCCUCCCCCACCCAGCCAGCAGCCAGCAGCACGGCAGCUUGUGCUCUUAGCUCCACCUGCCCAGAGGUGAAGGUCAAACAGGAGGCGGAACCUAUGGACACAUCACAACCAGCAGCCUCGGCUCCGUCGUCAUCUGUACCAGCUCCAGCCCUCUCCUCCCAGCCCUCCACCCUCGCUGUGGCCCCUGCCGCUGGAGACCUGCUGCCCGGUGCCUCCCCCAGGAAGAAGCCUCGUAAACAGCAACACGUCAUAUCCACGGAGGAGAAUGAAAUGGUGGAGACCAACAGCACGGACGAGGAAAGGGCGGGAGGUCGUACGCCCAGCGGACGGGCGGAGAGACACGAGUCCCCGCCGAGAGAGUAUGUGGAUGAAGAGGGGGUUCGUUAUGUGCCCGUCAAACCUCGUCCACCAAUCACGUUGCUCCGGCACUACCGUAACCCCUGGAAGGCUGCUUAUCACCACUUCCAGAGGUACUCCGACAUCAGGGUCAAAGAGGAGAAGAAGGGUACUCUACAGGAUGUGGCCAAUCAGAGAGGAGUCGCUUGUCGAGCACAGGGCUGGAAGGUUCAUCUGUGUGCUGCCCAGCUGCUCCAGCUGACCAGUUUGGAGCAUGAUGUGUACAGCCGUCUAACAACACUGCAGGAGGGUCUGAUCCCAAAGAAAAGAGCCGGGGUGGACGAUGACCUGCAUCGCAUCAAUGAACUCAUACAGGGUAACAUGCAGCGCUGUAAGCUGGUGAUGGACCAGGUGACAGAAGCCAGAGACACCAUGAUGAAGGUCCUAGACCAUAAAGAACGUGUGCUGAAGCUUCUCAACAAGAACGGCACUGUCAAAAAGAGCUCCAAGCUGAAACGCAAAGAACGGGCCUAGAUAGGCCUGAAAUCUCUCUCUCUCACCCUCUCGCACUCUGUUGCUUUCUCUCUUUCUCUUUCUGUCUUUACUAUCUCAAAGCGGUUUGAGACUCUUAAGACGACAAAUCAAGGCGAAAAAUGGCGAAAGAGGUCAUCGUGUGAUAAGAUCUUCUUUUUUUUUAAGAAGACAGACAUCUUUAAAGCUGUUUGUGUUAAACAAGUUGAAUAAUUCUC